UUUGUUAACCUUUUCCCAUAUGUCUUGGAGUAUCGCAAUAAUAUUGUAUCGUGAGUUCAGUAUCGUGAUAUGUAUCGAAUCGUGACAUGAGGGUAUCGUUACACCCCUACUUUUUAUGGUUCUUUGUAUUAGUAUCUAAAACGGACCAAACUGUGUAAAUACUGGUGACAUGUUACAAAACAAAAGUGUUACAAUGAGUUAAUACCUAAAUCUGUAUCCCAUAUAUAGAUUUUUUUAUUCCGAUUAUUGAAAUUUAAAAACUGGACAUUCAAAUGUGAAAGUCAAUAGUUCAAGCCUUGAAUAAAUUCACUAUGUACAACUGAGAUUUGCAUUUUUUGACGUUAUUAAACAACAUACUAUUUGUAUUCUGAGCUGUAGCUCUAUUUUACUGAAAGAUUAUUUCCAGAUGGGGGUGUACAUUUCUUUUAGUUAGCACUCACUGAGAAUAAAAGGACAAUAUUGUCCUGUUGAAUGGCUUAAAAAACACAUUGUCAUGACAGGUCACGCUCUUUAGCGUUCCAGACUGACCUACACAUUAAUGGAGCUCUGACACAGCUCAUUUGAACACAUUCACACACUGCCCCUCCCCUUGCCCAACACUGCUUUUCACCAUGGUUUCCUGUGUAAAGAUAACCAGAGUACAUUAAAACAUUCAUUCCAACACUUUAACGCUCUUAAUAGCUUGACAGCCGUCAUUCAGGAAGCUCUGAUAAAUGAGGUCGCCUCUUCUGGUAUGUUUUGUUGGAUUAUGUUUUUGGACUUCUGUAAUAUCAUUGAAGAUCUGUGCCUUCAACAUCCAGAGUUAUGGGGAAGCAAAGGCCAGUAAUAAGAGAGUUAUGGAGAUUUUGAUAAAGAUCAUUUCUCGCUGUGACCUGAGUUUGAUUCAGGAGGUUCGAGAUUCUAGAGGUCAAGCCGUAUCUGCACUGUUGAUGAACCUGAACAGGUUUGACACAUCUCACAUUUACACCCAUUUAGAGAGUAAAAGAAUGGGGAAGAAAACGUAUAAAGAGCAGUAUGUGUACAUUUACAGAAAAGACAUGCUACAGGUGCAAGAGCAAUACCAGCAUCCAGAAUUCAAUGAGACCACAGCAGGAGUGUUCUCCAGAGAGCCGUUCAUCAUAUGGGUCCGUUCUCCCACAACAUUGGUGAAGAACUUCGUCCUCAUUGGUCAGCACACCUGUCCUAAGAAUGCAAUGAAAGAAAUGGAUGCACUUUAUGAGGUCUUCCAAACAGUCAGAAGGAAAUGGAAAACUGAGAAUGUGAUGUUCCUGGGGGACUUAAAUGCAGCCUGCAGCUAUGUUACCAAUAAAGGACUGAAAAACGUGCGUCUCAAGAACAACCCAAAGUUCCACUGGUUGAUCAGAGAUGAACAAGACACUACAGUGCGUGAAAAAACACGCUGCGCUUAUGACAGGAUUAUUAUUCAUGGAAAAGAACUCAUUUCAGGGAUAGUUCCAGAAUCUGCUCAACCGUUCAACUUCAAAAAAGAAUUUAAUCUAUCUGAGGAAGAGGCUUUGGAAGUCAGUGACCACUAUCCUGUAGAAGUGGAUUUAAAAGCAAACCAUCGCUACCUCCUGCGCCACGAACUGUAAAAUGAUGAAUAUCUGUGAAUAUGGCCUACAAAGUACAGAUACUAAUAUCAAUAUCAGCCUGAUACUGUGAUAACCUACUGGUAUUUGUACUGUGCUCUGGUAUCAACAUCUGAUACUAUGCAGUCUGUGUACAAUGUUGUCACACAAGGAAACACCAGCAGCAGAACACAUACAUGUUUUUAAGGCACUUAACUGAUGUUGCAGAGAAAAAAUGUGAAUGGAUAACGGUCAUGGAAAAUAAAAGCACUCGCCCAAUUAUUAUAUUGUAGGCUACAUAUUAGCAGAAAAAGAGUUUACUACACUAUUUAAGCCAUUUUGGUAUC